AUGGUGGAAGUUGCGGAAGUGAGAGGUGUUUGCUGGUUAGAGAUUCGUGGGAAAUUUGAGAUGGGCAGGCUAACACCGGGAAUCAACUAUGAGGUUGUAUUUGUGGUGAAGAUAAAAACUGAUAAUUACGGAUGGGAUGAGGUUCCAAUCAGUAGAAUACUCACUCUACCGGACGGAAGUAAACAAAUCCACAAGGAAGACUUCUCGAAGAAACCAACAUCCAAGUGGUUUGAGAUUCCGGUCGGGGAGUUUAUAGUAGACGCAAAAAAAGGAGGACCCUUCGAGUUUUCCAUGUUUGGAUACAGUGGGGUGCGGAAGAGUGGUUUAGUCAUUAAAGGUGCUAUCAUUCGACCAAAAUUCUAA